UCGGUUAUCACGUCCGCCUACGCCACGCUACUUUAAUUCCCGAAGGGCUGCGUGUUUACAGAUUUUACCUCGGCCGGGCUGAGCUACUUUAAUUCCCAAAGGGCUGCUCACAACAAUCCCACAGUCAGGCUGAGCACUUUAAUUCCACAGGGGCUGCUCACACGUUACCUCGACUGGGCUGAACAAGAGAUACCGGGUGAUCAGUCCGUUCUCACAAAUACAAAAACCAAACACACAAAAACUAGUGUACACAAACCCACGCUCACGUGGUGCCGGCCGGCGUAACAAAAACAAGACUACACAAGCUCCAAAACAAGGAUACGUCAAAUAGCAGAAUAUCCUGGGCCCAUAACCUGUUGAAUUAUCAGGUUGUGUGAGGGCGUUCAGGGUUAAGAAGGAUACUUAGUUCAAGUUGAUAAAGUUGAGAUAUAUUGUCCAGUAGAGGAAAUACAACCGCACUCCAGCAGAGUCGAGAACCAAGUGAACGAGGAGACAGAGUACAGUUUACUCGCAGUACACAACAUACAGAUUCAUAUUCAGAUGUAGGCAGGUUCAGGUGUUAUGAGAAUAUGUACAGUACAGGUAUGGGAAAUUGCUAUAUUCAACAGAAUCAGUUGUGCCCCCUCCAAAGAGACAGCAUCCAGAAGCGGUUGUGCCCCCUCCGAAGAGGCAUCAAGUGGAUGAUUGCCCCCCUAGUACCAGCAGAACUGUUGCAGCGGGAUCAUUUGCUGCGAGCACGAAGGUCAAUCACAUUUCCAAUAUAAAGUUCGUUGAAGAUAUGAAUGUUGAAAGUGUCCUUCGGGCUGAUUCUGUGGGAAAUGAAAUUGUCGAAUCUUAUCAAGCCCAUGAUUGUGAUGAUCCUGCCAGCCUGAGUGAAUCACAAAGGCACAAGAUAGUUCAAGUGUUGAUUGAGAACAUUCGUGCUAAUACAGAGAAUUUCGAUUUUAAGCUGCUGGCCAUUGUGAGUAAGAAAAUUGUUGAGCUGUUUCCAUCUGAGUGUGAGGCAACCUACUACAUUGGUCCAAAGGAGCAAGGCCCAAAACAGGUCACAGCCCUUGGUAGGCUUUCUAAUCGACUACGUAACUGUCGCUCCAAACCUAAGCCUAAGAAUCCUUCACUGCCAGACAAGAUUGCCAGUAACUUGGGGUCUAUUCUUGAGAAACCAAUCACUGAGGAGAUUGAAGAAGCCAAGGCCUGGCUUUCCACAGGACGCUGCCCUUGGCCAGAGGUAUUGAGGAAGUGGACAGCCACUGCACCACUACGCUUCAAAGCACUGUUCCAUGGAGACGAUGAUUACAUCAACUCAUACCUUAAAGAGUGGCCCGUUCUGACUCAUAAGUCAGGUUUUGAGCUGUUUCUGGCAGAUUUUGCCCUUCUGUAUCCUCGAAGUGCUGAGCUACUUCACCUACGCUGGGAUAGGUUCGUGAGAAUAACCAAGGAUAUUGCUUUUAAAGACAUUAAGGACAAGAAUGGCAAGGAUUCCUUGAAACUGCUGCAGCAAAACCCGAACAAAGAAUCUGAAGCAGCCAUUGUGCUGACACUGCUGCCCCACAUUAGACCUGGUCACAAGGCAUCUUUCAAAGGGGAAGUACGUAAAGUUUCUGCUCUGGAAGCACGCAAGAGUUUCUUUCUGCAUCUUACGGUUGCUGCAGACUUUAAACGGAAAGUCAAGGAACACAGGCUUUCUGUUGCUGGACCAGGAGGAAGUCCUCUUUUGGUAGUUGUUGGUCCAACCCUUCUGGACAUAAAGUCUGUGUAUGUUUCUGUGGCUGAUCUGGACUACAAAGUGGACAGUGUUGUCGAAGGACUGGACAUUUUCUUCAAAUCCCAUCACGCCCUCCACACAUCCUAUCACUGCGCCAGCAGUCACAUCUGGACUACAUUGCAGAGGGCAGUGUAUUCCUUUGAAACGGAGUGGGACUGUAAAAACGAUAUAAAACAUAGCUGGAUACAUGCUUACAAGUUUAAUUAA